GUCUUGCCAGCACUUUUAUCCGUUGUCUUUUACAGUUGAAUUGAUUGUGUUGCUGUGAUUUGUAUUUUCCUGAUGUGUAUUGGAGUCUCCUCAGCAGAGGUGUGUGUGGAGCUCCGUCUGUCACUCAUUCAUCGCAGGUCAUCGGGUCUUCAGGCUGAACUUUGCUAAAACUCACCGGCAGACAGCGGCCAAAGGUUCUGCAACGUGCUCCCUGAAGUUUCAUAUUGAAAAACUGCGAGAUGGCUUCUGCAUGGCAAAGUGCCCUGUCUCUGCACCAGAGGAUAGUAGACAAUGGAGACAAGAGGACAGACCCGUGGCUGCUGGUCUACUCCCCGGUCCCCGUGGCCAUCAUCUUCCUGCUGUACCUGUGUAUGGUGUGGGCCGGCCCUCGUCUGAUGAAACACAGAGAGCCCCUCGACCUCAAAGGCAUCCUCAUCGUCUACAACUUCUCCAUGGUCGGCCUGUCAGGAUACAUGUUCUAUGAGUUCCUGGUCACAUCCUGGCUCUCGAACUACAGCUACCUCUGCCAGCCGGUAGAUUACAGCAACAGCCCUCUGGCAGUGAGGAUGGCCAGAGCCUGCUGGUGGUUCUUCUUCUCUAAGGUCAUAGAGCUCAGUGACACGCUCUUCUUCAUCCUGAGGAAGAAGAACAGCCAGCUGACCUUCCUCCACAUUUACCACCACGCUACCAUGGUCUUCAACUGGUGGUCCGGAGUCAAGUAUUUGGCUGGAGGACAAUCGUUCUUCAUCGGCCUGAUCAACACCUUCGUCCACGUGGUGAUGUACUCUUACUACGGCCUGGCUGCCAUCGGCCCUCACAUGCAGAAGUACCUGUGGUGGAAGAGAUACCUGACGUCUCUGCAGCUCGUGCAGUUCGUGCUGUUCCUCCUGCACACCGGCUACAACCUGUUCGCAGACUGCGACUUCCCCGACGCCAUGAACAUGGUGGUGUUCGGCUACUGCGUCACCCUCAUCGUCCUCUUCAGUAACUUCUAUUAUCAGAGCUACCUCAGCAAGAAGAAGCAGAAAUAAGACGCAGUGGUGAGGUAUUGUAAGGAUUUGUAUCCUGUGUCUGCAAUACUCACUUAUCUCCACUAGACAGAACAACAUACUGACAUUUUUCCUCAUGGUGCUACAAACUAAUAUACACUUGAAAAUACCGUAGGUUGGUUUCUUCACACUGUUGAAGAAAUAAAGAGAGAUGGAUAGUUAAGCUAUACGGUCACACUUGAUCGUUUACUUUUAUACCGACAUGUUCAACUAAUGUGAAGCAUUAGUGCAUUUUGUAUGUUUUCUAUCAAUUGUCAACAGGACUAGUGUGAAGUCAAGUAUAUGGCUAGACCUGUGUAUGUUUAAUUUACUCAAUUUUGGGCCAGUGUUUACAGUGGAGGUCAGUGGAGGUGUCUAUAACUUUAAUUCCUGCAUUUUGAAUGUUUUCUGUAAUGGUCCCAGUUCUGUUUGCUCUCAAAGUGUACUGAGGUAGCGUAUCAUGUGACAUGGUUAAGCUGCAUUUGAGGCAAAUAAUGGGGGACUGCUCUAUUGUAAUAAAUUCAACAAUAUAACAUU